AUGCAAGAAUUCGAUGUGAUUUUUGGAAUGGACUGGCUUUCCAAGCACCAUGCGACCAUUCUAUGCUUUGAAAAGGAAAUAGUUUGUAAGUAUCCUGAAGGGAUAGAACUUUGCCUUUCAGUGGCUGAGACGAAAUACCUUCCCCGUGUCAUUUCAGCAUUAAAAGCCAAGAAACUAUUACAGUCGGAAGGAUGUAUUGGAUUCUUAAUGUCAGUGAUGGUUAAGGGAGGAAAAGAAUUAAUAGUGAAUGACGUUAAAGUAGUAAAGGACUUUCCGGAGAUUUUCCCUGAUGACUUGACUGAAAUGCCACCAGAACGGGAAGUAGAGUUCACUAUUGAUCUAGUGCUCGGUUCCGCACCUAUUUCUAAAGCCCCUUACAGGAUGGCACCAAAGCAGCUACACAAGUUGAAAACCCAGUUAGAGGAACUGUUGGGGAAAGGAUUUAUUCGACCAAGUUUAUCUCCCUAG